GAGAUUUGACUGUUGUUAUCUUUUCAUGUGGGUUUUUUUCGCUUUGCUUUCAACUACCUUUGCUAGAUCGGUAAAACGGAACUGCAGAAAUGGCCAAAGUUGAGCUAACCCCGCUUAGGUCCUGGGACGACUUCUUACCCGGUUCGGAAAGAUUCGCCAAGCCAGAUUUUAAUGACAUGGCGCGAUGGAACAAUAGAGUAGUUAGCAACCUGCUUUAUUAUCAGACUAACUAUUUGCUGCUAGCUGUUGCUGUUUUUCUCAUUGUAGGGUUCCUGAACCCUCUGGGCAUGUUCACUGCCAUGGCUGUGGUGACUGCAGUAUUCCUCGGCUCACUUUGGGCUGGAGACAACAAAGUGGCCAUUAACAACUUCAAGAGGCAGAAUCCCACACUUUUUAUGAUCCUUGUCAUGGUGGCCAGCUACUUUGUUAUGUGUCUGCUGGGGAGUGUCACUGUGUUUAUGACGGCCAUCACGCUACCUCUUAUAUUAAUUUCUAUCCACGCUUCUUUUCGUCUGCGUAACAUGAAAAACAAACUGGAGAACAAGAUGGAGUGCGCAGGACUGAAGAGGUCACCCAUGGGACUGCUGCUGGACGCUCUGGGCCAGCAGGAAGAGAACAUUCAGAAGAUCCAGAACUUUUUGGAGGCUAAGCUCAAACAGUGAUUGAAUGGGGACACAGAAAAUAUCUAUUGUUGCUGUACCUAAAGCUUUCUUCUUUGUUGAACUUAUCACAUUUACCUUUGACACAGAAGCAAACCAAACAGUACUUUUGUAAUGUAAAGGGCUCCGUCUUCACCUCAGGGUACAGAGAGUGUUACUCCACCCAGAACUUGUCCGGGCACUUUCAAACCUACUGCUGCACAUGUCUUGGCUGUGCAAUUUGUGUGCAGUGCAUUUGCAGAGAACAUUUUCUAUCUAUUUACUUACUUUAUUUAUUCUCUGAACCAGCUGUUACAUCUGUCUGUUUACUGAGUAUACACAGUCAGCACAGAUCACUGCCAAGAUGCUCCCAAAGACAGAUGGUUUUAUGGAAAAGCUUAUCUGGGUUUUUGGUGUUGUUCUUUCUAGUGCUGCUCUAUUGUUGUAGGGGUCAUGGCUGAGGACUAGACGCACUUUGAUUUGGUUUAUUUUUGCUCCAGGUGCCCUUCCUGUUAGAACUGGACACAUUAAGAUAAUAAUGGGCAAUGAACAUCUUGGGACAUAACAGAAUCUGCACAGGUUAACCUCCAUAUCACAGGAGAAUGCUUAACCUAAUAACUUAACUAAUCCUCCAGUCUUUGUAUGAUAUGAUUAACAUGAACUAUUUCCCUGAAGGGUGUCUUGAGAAUAACCAAAGUCAUGGAAUCGUUUUAAUAAAAAUCUACCAAUCAGAC